AUGAAUGAAGAGUUGACAACAUCACGAUUCCAGGUAGAGCCCGUAGAAAAUGCAACUCAAGACGGUCUCUUGAGGACAGAAGAUUUGCAUGUUUGCGCCAAUGAUCACUCAAUAAAUUCCAAUGUUUACGAUUCGAAGAACAUUCGAAGUUUGUGCUACUACACCCAAGAAGCUUUGCCUCGUCUGGAUCAUUACAGAAAUGUGCACUCCUUGCACGCACACUGUCCCAGGCCAACCCUUGAGGAACUGCAUAAUGGAGACAUUGAAACUGUGGUGGAGCAGUAUUUUGAUCGGAAGUCAUCGAAAGUUUCGACGGAGAAGCAAGCCGCAGUAAAAUUUGGCUGGAUCCAAGGCGUGCUGGUAAGAUGUCUUUUAAAUAUCUGGGGUGUAAUGUUGUUCCUACGUCUCUCGUGGGUCACAGGCCAAGCUGGUAUUGGCCUCGCCUGCGUCAUCGUUUCCUUAGCAACUGUGGUAACUGUCCUCACAACACUUUCUAUGUCUGCGAUUUGUACAAAUGGAGAAGUCAAAGGAGGUGGGACGUAUUACAUGAUAUCAAGAAGUCUUGGACCUGAAUUUGGUGGAUCCAUUGGCUUCAUUUUCGCCGUUGCCAACGCAGUCGCCGUCGCUAUGUACGUAGUGGGCUUUGCAGAGACUUUCAGGGUCCUUCUCAUUGAGUAUGAGGUCGUACUCUUCGAACGUGCCAUCGACGACAUUAGAGUGAUCAGCUGCAUUACUGUCGUCGUUCUAUUGGGAAUCGCCAUUAUCGGGACAGAAUGGGAGACAAAGGCACAAAUAGUUCUCCUUCUAAUCCUGCUGGCAGCAAUGGCUGACUUCCUAGUAGGCGCUUGCUUCAAACCUACCGAAGAACAAAUAUCUAAAGGUUUUAUGGGAUUUAAUGCUACUCUUGCUUUGGAGAACUUGGGUCCUCACUUCACAGAAGAGGAAGGUUUCUUCACUGUCUUUUCCGUUUUCUUUCCUGCAGCAACUGGAAUCACAGCCGGUGCCAACAUCUCUGGAGAUCUGAGAGAUCCGCAAAAGGCCAUUCCAAAAGGCACGCUGUGGGCCAUCUUCAUCACAACGAUCUCUUAUCUUUUGUUUAUUGUGGUGUGUGGCAGCGCCGUUCUUCUUGAAGCAAAUGGAGAGAUGGAGUUUGUCAUUAACGGAACCCUAGACCUACUGCGAAACUGCACAAUAGGGAACAAGACUGAAUGCGAAUAUGGAUUAAUUCGAGAUUACCAGGUCAUGGAAAUGGUAUCUGCCUUUUCUCCUAUCAUUUAUGGCGGAAUUUUUGCUGCUACUCUAUCGUCAGCCUUAGCAAGUCUUGUUAGUGCUCCGAAAAUAUUUCAGGCGCUGUGUAAAGACAAACUGUUCCCUGGGAUUCAUCUAUUUGCCAAAGGUUACGGAAAAAAUAACGAGCCAAGAAGAGGCUAUCUGUUGGCGUUUUUUGUGGCACUUGGAUGUUGUGCUAUAGGUGAUCUGAAUUUGAUUGCUCCUCUCAUUUCGAAUUUUUUUCUUGCUGCCUAUUGUCUGAUUAACUUAUCCUGUUUUCAUGCCACAUUUGUCAAGGCUCCCGGUUUUCGUCCUGCUUUUCGUUACUACAGCAUGUGGCUGGGUCUCUUGGGUGCGUUUCUGUGCUUACUCGUCAUGUUUAUCAUCAACUGGGUGGCAUCCCUCGUCACCUUCGCCGUUGUGUCCAUCCUCUAUGUCUGCAUUUACCAACGCAAACCAGAUGUGAAUUGGGGAUCUUCCACACAAGCGCAGACCUAUUCUCUCGCUCUUAAUGCAGUUAUGAAAUUGAACGAUGUCGCAGAUCACGUGAAGAAUUAUAGGCCACAAUUGUUGGUAUUGAGUGGACAUCCUAGUCAUCGACCACCAUUAAUCGACUUCAGCUAUACCAUCACGAAGAAAUUGAGUCUCUUAAUAUGUGGAAAUGUCAUAACCAAAGAACACUUGAGCCACAAAGUUCGCUCUGGUAUGCUGGAGAUGGGCCACAAGUACCUCAGGCAUCGUAGCAUCAAAGCGUUUUACAGUGCAGUCGAAGACCAAUCCUUCUCCAAGGGUGUUUCGUCUCUUAUUCAAGUGGCAGGCAUGGGAAAACUAAAGCCAAACAUGAUUCUGAUGGGCUAUAAGAAUGAUUGGGAGAGUUGUGCGUACGAAGAAAUUCAAGAAUAUUUCAAUGUUAUACAUGAUGCUCUAGAUAUGCAUAUGGCUAUUGGAAUUCUGAGGCAUCCUAGUGGUUUAGACUACUCCAAGUAUGCAACGCAACUUGAGAAGCUAGCUGUACUUACCAAGAAGGAGAGGAAGAAGAGAAUGUCUAUGGUGGCAGAGUCCAAGAAGGAUCGCGAUGGAAUGUACAGAAAUAAGUCUUGCUCGGAAUUGUCAGAAGUCUCUGUGGUCUCUUGCAACAUGGAUAGUUCUCGCGAGAGCUCUCCUCCUUCCUCUCCCACGACCACAGUCAGGUCUCUGGAUAAUGGUCACAUCAGCCGAAAUCCUCAAGUCAAUUUGGGAUUUGUGGAGAGUCAGGACAGCUUAAACAUGGAAAUCAUUGGAAAAGAUCUACCACCUCCGAUCCCGGAUGAAGUAAAACUCUCUGCCAACCAGUUUCAAAGGAGGCAGAAAAAGGGAUAUAUCGACGUCUGGUGGUUAUAUGACGAUGGAGGUCUAACAAUGUUGAUUCCUCACAUUCUUUCUACAAGGUCUCAGUGGAGUGGAUGCAAGCUGAGGAUUUUUGCCCUCGCCAAUAAAAAAGACGAAUUAGAUCGAGAACAGAGAAACAUGGCGGCCUUACUGAACAAAUUCAGAAUAGAUUACUCUGAUGUUACUGUUAUUCCAGACAUAGUCAAGCCUCCUGAAGAAGCUAGCAAAAAAGAAUUUGAAGCUCUUAUAACAAAAUGGCAAACUGAAAGCACGGAAGAACCCUAUAUCACAGAAUCAGAACUCUAUGCUCUUAAAGACAAGACAAAUCGGCACAUAAGGCUAUCCGAAUUACUGCGGCAGCAUUCCAAAAACUCUGUACUUAUCGUCAUGACUCUUCCAAUGCCGAGGAAAAGCACCUGUUCUGCAGCGUUGUACAUGGCGUGGCUCGAGACACUUACCAAAGAUAUGCCGACCUUCCUCCUCAUUCGUGGCAAUCAAACCAGCGUCCUCACCUUUUACUCCUGAGGAAUUAUCCUUCAUCAUGAACUCUGUUGAGAAACCACACCCAUGAAGCCGCUCACUGGUGAAUAUGCGAACUUGAGGCUCUUUUUAGUGGAAAAGUGCUUGGAAAAGUGGACAAUAAUUUUAAAGACUACCACCUGUUGUACAGCUUAUUAAGAAGCGACAAUUCGCAACAAAUGUGACGCAAAUAUUUAUUGAUUCAAUACAAGUUGGCAGUUGUGCUAGGUUACGCCCUCAAUCGCAGCUUAAGUAGCGACACGUUCGCCAUCUUGGGGCUUAAUGUCGCUUUCUUCCAACGUCUGCUAUAAUGAAGUAGCGUGUUUUGCUUCCUGCUUGUGAAUUAACAUGGAGUUAAUAAGAAACCACAAUCAACAAACGAAACAUGCUACUUCGCCAUAGUAUGCAUAGGAAGAAAGCAUCAUUUGGCCCCAAGAUGGCUGACGCGUCGCUACUUAUUCGACGAUUCAGAACUUUAGUGCUAAGCUACUUAGCCAAAGAGAGAAGACAUUAUAUUUUUUUUUUCUCCGUUAUGGGACAAGAAACACCAGCAAUAUGACUCAUCUUCAAUUCCAAAAUGUCUUUGAAUAUUUAAGGGCUAAUUCAAGUAGUUUUUUUUUAAUUGAAAUAAAAUUCUUAUGUAGAAUUUUUUUAAGAUUUCAAUAAGAAUUGAUCAUAUUAUUUUAUUUUUAAUAAUUUAUUAAAUUUAUAUAUAACGGGUACAGCCAAUCUCAAAUGUUUAUGUAUUUGUUUUGAAAAGUCGAGGUAAUGCACGGUGCACUAGCUGUUUUCAAUUACUUAUUAUUGGCGGGAUUUGGGGAGGGUGGUUAAAAUCCUUAAUCGAAACAAUUAUCAAUCUUUUCAAAAGUGAGCCUAUUUCAAAAAUAAGAACUUAUGUGUCAUUAAUUAAUACGUUCUAGAUAACAAAAAAUAUUUGUUUCUGUGCUCUGUAUAGAUGGUUAUUUGUGAAUGUGACAAGCAUAGCUUUGCCACAUACCCACUAUCGCCUUCAACUAUUUCUAACAAGUUUCCCCCAAAGCCUUUCUAAAUUAUUUAUGAAAAUGUACAAGAACUUCAUAUCCUAUAUUUGCUUUGUAAUCUUUUUCAUAUCAGUCAUCGUCGCAAAAAAAAAAAAAAAAAAAGAUUUUGCUAUUUUUUUUUCUGCGCAAUAAAAUUAAAUGUUUUUGAAAUCCUUAUACCGGUAAAAAAAAAAAAAACUGACGAAAAGAAAUGAAUGUAUUUUUUAAUAGAUAGCUAGUAAGAAAUGAAAAUAUAAAAAUAAAAAAAUGAUACUAACAAAAAUAAACUAUAAUACUCAAAAGCAAGAAAAUAAAUCAGCAGGAUAUCGAUUUCAAAAUGACAAGGCCACUCCAUUUUUAGCAAACAAGCUUUAUACUGCCGUGCUAAGCACAAAAGUCGUAUCUGCACUUUUAUCAAAAUUGAGUUACGUUCACCAGGUGGUUCUUUGUCACAUAUUUCGCCUAAAUACAAUGUUUUAUGGUCAUAUGCCAAUGGGAAAUUUUUUUUAAAAAAUUCAAAAAAAAAAUUACAUUUGAAUCAAAUACAUGGAGCCGCACAACUUUAAACGGCAAUUUCUUAUUUUGAAUUCAGCUGAAGAUACCACUUUUGCGCUUAGCAUGGCAGUAUAAACCCCGUUAAAUUUCAUUACAGAAUAUAUUUCAAAUUUUAUGCCUCCCAAAUAUUUAUUUUGAAAUGACACCAGAAGUCAGCCAGAUUUACAAGGCUUUCCAGAUCUCAUGCAUAAAAUAGCGCAAAAGAUGGUUCGAAAAAUCUAAUUGAAGUCUACUUACAGAAUAUUUUGUGUAUCCUUUUCGACCCGAGGUUUGAAAAUACGUACCGCUCAAUAACCCUGUAUAUAGUGUAAUCCUAAUAAGUUGAGCAAUGGCCUUGAUUCUGUUUACGUCUUUUUGGGCAGUUCAGUUACAAUGGGCUGUGUUAUUGACUUGGAUUUGAGUCGGAAUACUUUUGCAAAACUACGUACCUAAAAAGUAACCCAACUCAGCGCCAAUUACCCUUCCCUAUUAAUAAAAAAAGAGGUUAACAUUGACAUCAACUUAUGCCACACUGUAAUGAAUAUCGAAGUUUUGUUCGGUACUUUACUUAAAUUAUUUUUUUAAAGGUAAAAAAAGAAUGAAAUUAUCGUUUUCCAUUUGAUAUGUUUUCCUCGAUGUCGGUUAGGUUCAUGUAUAAUAUACCAUUGCGUUUUUUACUUGUUUGCAAAGUGUACUAUAUAAUAUGUCUGUAAUCCUAGAUUUUCAAUUUACUGUAGUUUCAAGCAACUGUUAGAAGCUUCUAUAAAAUUGAAGAUCCAUCAUUUUACUCAUUCACAUUUUUCACGUAUGAUAUCACAGUAGAUUUAAAAUGCCAUUUACCAUUUAUAUAAAAAUAAAAUAUCUUAAUUAUGUCAUUGAAUUCUACUCUCAUUUGUGCUUUGUGCCUUUGAUAUUAUUUCAGUUUGCUCCAAAACCUAUUUUUAUUAAUUGACAUUUCAGAAGGCAUUGCUGGAGAAUCAAUGCUAUGAUGUAUAUAAAUAAAUUAGAUAAUAAAGAUA